AUGACCCCAACACCCCCUUCUACAAAUUCCUCGAGUGCUGGCCACUCUCCAGAUUACAGAGUUGUCCGGAAACGAAACCGAGUACCUUUGUCAUGUGGGCCUUGUCGACACAGAAAGCUGAAAUGCAAUCGUACGAAUCCUUGCGAAAACUGUGUCAAACGAGGAGAUGCUGCUUCAUGUAACUACGCGCAACCCAACUCGCGCAAGAAGAACUCGUCCCAGCAGUCAUCCACUACACCGGAUGAUAUGCAAAACCGCAUCGAUCGGUUAGAAGGCUUAGUUCUUUCGUUGAUGACAAAUGGCUCUCAGUCUGCGGGUCCAUCUGCUGCCAUGGCGGCGAUCUCCGGGGAAAAUAGUGUGGGCUCGACUCGGUUCUCCCAUGAUCUCGAUAUCGAAGAGGAGGGCGCCGAAGAGAGCGACACGGACCAGGUGACGAAGUCGUUUGGUAUUAUGAAGAUGGAUAAUAACAAGUCUUAUUACAUCAGUGAUGCUCAUUGGGCGUCUGUAUUAAACGAUAUCUCCGAGGUGCGAAGUUUCUUCACAACGCACAAGAAGCAACUUGAUGAGCAAUUUGAAAAAGUCAAAGCGGCCCGACCAUCUACUGAUUCAUCAGGCUCGACUUUGUUGUUUGGUAUCAAUAAGCCGAUGAGCCGUAGCGAGAUCAUGACUGGCUUGCCGUCUAAGUAUACAACUGACAUUCUUAUUGCUCGCUAUUUCAAUUGCUAUGACCCUGCAACCCAUGUUCUCCAUGGACCCACAUUCCAAGCACAGUAUAACAAACAUUGGGAUGAUCCUGCCGCGACCGAACUAGUCUGGAUUGCCAUGCUCUUUGCAAUGAUGAGGCUGGCAAUGCUAUCUUACCACCGCGAAGGCGAUGAGCCACCUGAAUUCCGGGGCAAGUCCAUGGACAUGGCUGGGGGAUUCCGGAAUUCUGUAGCACAGUGCUUGACAUUGGCUGACUACACGAAACCCCACCCGUUCUUGAUUGAAGCGCUCGUGUUUCAUUUGCAUGGCGAUUUCUCCCAGACCCGAGAGGCGGAUAUUUCGAUCUGGGUCAUGACCGGCGUUGUUGUUCGCCUAGCAAUGCGAUCAGGAUAUCACCGUGACUCCAAAAUGUUCCCAAAUAUCACACCUUUCCAGGGUGAGAUGCGACGGCGAGUGUGGACCUUUGUGCGCCAAGCCGACCUUCUGUUCUCGUACCAGGUCGGGUUGCCGGGGAUGAUCCGGAGUACAGAUAGCGAUACUGAGCUACCACGGAAUUUGUACGAUGAUGAUUUCGAUGAAGACUGCAAGGAGCUCCCGCCGCCACGUCAAUUGAAUGAGCCAACCCCAAUCUCAUAUAUGAUUGCUAAGGCGCGCCUGUCAUAUGCAUUCGGACGUGUGGUUGAACAAAGCUCUGCUGUAUCGGCGGCCCCAUACGAAAAAGUGAUGGAAGCCGACGCGGAACUCCGACAGGCAAGGGACAUGAUCCCCGAGCACUUGCAUAUUCGGCCUAUGGAGGAGUGCCAGUUGGAUCCUAUUAGUGUUAUCAUGUCGCGAUUUUUCGUAAUGGCCUUAUACAACAAAGCUCAGUGUGUGCUUCAUCGCCCAUAUCUGGUUCGCGCCCGAGAAAAUCCUCGUUUCACCUAUUCUCGAAGGACAUGUAUCGACUCAGCAAUGGAGUUAUUGCAAGUCCAGGCGCUCCUGCACGCGGAAACUCACAGCGGGCGCCUCCGUGGUCGUCAGAGCCGAAUAAGUUCCCUCAGUUCAGCCGACUUCUUACUGGCAGCCACCAUUGUUAGUCUCGACCUAUACCACGGCCUAUCAUUGCAGGUGACCGGCCGGCCAUCGGGAGACACAUACACAUGGGGCCGAGAGCGGCGCGAUGAAAUGAUCGCCGCGAUCCAACUCUCGAAAGAUAUUUGGGAUGAGUCGCGUGAUGAGAGCAUGGAAGCAUGGAAGGCGUCUAGCCUUCUCGGUGUGAUGCUCAGCAAGCUGCACAUGUCGGUCCCAGGCCUUGAAAAUAGCGCCGGAGCUUCAUUUGAGCCACAAGACGAGAAGCAGAACGCGGCCAUGACCCUCGGCCUGUUGAGCAGCGGAAUGAGCCCGAUGAACCCGGGCCCUCCGCCCUUUGCUGACCCUAUGUUCAAGAUGGGAGAUACACCAAUGGGAACAGGAAUAGGUGGCGUGGGCGCUUCGGCCGAAAUGCCGGGUGUACUUUCGCCCUUUAGUAGCAUGUUCGGGCAAAUGCCGGACACGCAAGUUAAUCUGGAUUGGGAUGCUUGGGACACAUACAUUCAAAACCCAGCCCUCGACACAACAAAUCAAUUCUGGCCUAUGAUUGAUGCACAGCGCCAAGCAACCCCACAGUCUGGAGGCAUGUCACAGCCUUCAGUGUCUAGUCCUCUAGCCUCAGGGCGGGUACCAUCAGUUAGUGGUAUUCCUCGGCCGACGUUAUACUCAGUAUCCUCCAACAGUCCCGAUAGUGGAGUUGUGCCAGUAACAGGAUACGGCAUGGCGCCCAUGCCUCAACAAAACGAUAGUCGGGGCCAAGAUCAACGCAUCCUGUGUUAUUUUAAUUCAAAAUGUGAGCUAUUACUGAAUACAGAGUCCGAGUCCGAGAAUGUACACAUUAUGCAUUGCUUCCGCCGGGCCGUUUCUCGGCUUCAAUUGUCCCCAGCUGCUUCACGCUCAUCAAUCAGCAGCGCAGUGUUGCGUUCAACAUGCUCCACUCCGAUUCUCGCCGCUCGGUUCGCCUACCCAACCCUCACACAGACACGGUUAAACUCGACCGAUGAAGGCCGUUCACGGAUUCCGAUUAGGUAUAUCUCGACUGUCAAACCGGAGCCAUCCACGCCGGGCCAAGUCCGUGUGCCCAAAGAAGAACGCCGACGUGAGUAUUUGAGCGAGGGCCCUGUACCGAAGACCACCGUGUACGUCGGCAACCUCUUCUUCGACGUGACCGCGGAGGACUUGCGCAAGCAUUUCGAGAAAUUCGGUGCCGUGGAGAAUGCACUGAUCGUGCACGAUGUCCGCGGGCUGAGCAAAGGUUUCGGCUACGUUACCUUCAGCACCAUCGAGGAAGCCACGCAAGCAAUCACGCAACAGCACGGAGGUAUCCUGGAAGGCCGCGAGGUGGUGGUGCAGUUCUCCAACACGACGUACAGAUCCAUGGCCGAAUCCAAGCCUACCAGGACCCUCUACAUCGGCAACGUUCCCUACGAAUUGACCGACCAGGAUCUGCAGGAUAUGUUCGAGGAUAUUCCCGGUGUCACUGAUGUCCGUAUCCCCAUCGACCGUCGCACUGGCUUGCCCCGUGGAUUCGGACACAUUGACUUUGCCGAUCAGGCCAGCGCUUCUCACGCUAAGGAGGUUCUCUCCCGCAAGGCGCCUUACGGCCGCAAGCUGACUGUCAGCUUUGCUAAGCGCAAGGUCUUGAGUCCUGAGGAGCACCAGCGUAACCAGGAGAAGAGGCUGCAGAAUAAGAAGAACUCCCUCAAGCAACACUUGGAUGCUCAGACCAAUAUCGAGUCAGUCUCGGGUAUGAGAAAUCGGAAAGUGCGCGGAGUGAAGGAGGUUGCGGAAGUUACUGAGAUCAAGGAGACUGAGCCGGUAACCGAGCAGGUAACUGAACAGGUGACUGAACAGGUAACUGAGCAGGUAACCGAGCAGACCGAGACCGAGAAGAAGCAAUAG